GUCUGCGCUUCUUCCCAAUUUAUGGCCGCGCAGCGGAUGGCCGGUGUUCCGCCCGGCGGCAGCCGCCGGGGACGGCAGCGGGCGGAGCGGGGGAUGUGAGGCCGAAGGGACGAGGAGCGGCCCCGGCACACGGCGGAGACAAUGCGGGAGGCGGGGGGCCGCCGCCGGAGCCCCCCCUCCUAGGGACCCCCCGCCUCGGGACCCCCGGCCAGGUGAGCCCCGGGGGACAGCUUGGGGACACUCCCGCGCCGGGACCCCCGCCCAGGGGACUGCCCGGGGGACAGCGGGGGGACGCGGCCGCCGAGGGACCCCCGCCCAGGUUCAUGUGUGGGGACCAGCCUUAUAUGGACUCCUCGCUCCAGCAAUGGCUCGGGAUUUUCCAGCGGCAGGCGCGGGUUCGGCGCGGCUGAACAAGAUCCAGAAGUGAUCUUUUUUUACUUUUUUUUUUUUUUUUUUUUUUUGGCGUCUCUUCCCCCCUUUUUUUUUUUUUUUUUUUUUUUCCCUGGAGUUACAAACUAUUCCCGAAACCAGCUGCUGCUCCCGCUCUCGGAAUUUUCCCCCGUGGCAGAACAACCACCACCGCAGAGACCCGUCGCUGCGGCCGCUCCUCCCGCACGGCCCCCGCCGCUUAUUUUUCUAUAAAUCCAUAUUAUUACUCUAUUUUUUCCCCCCCUUCCCCACGCGUGCCGUGCCCCCCUCCCUCCCCGUGUCCCUGCGCAGUGUCGCUGUCGCCGCUCGGCGUGUGCGUGCCCAGCCGUGACCCGGCGGCUCGGCCAAGCUGCGGCUCCAACUUUCCCAGGCGGAAUUUGGCCGGAACAUGUCUCUGACCAACACAAAGACGGGCUUCUCGGUGAAGGACAUUUUGGACCUCCCCGACACCAACGAUGAGGACGGCUCGGCGGAGGGCGGCGAGGAGGAGAGCGAGGCGCCCGAGCCGCCCAGGAAAGCGGGAGUUUUGGGACAAACCCCCUUGGACACUGUUCCGACGCUGCCUUUGAAGAGCCCUUUCUAUGAUAACAGCGAUAAUCCCUACACGCGCUGGCUGGCGAGCGCCGAGGGCAUCCAGUACUCCCUGCACGGGCUGGCGGCCGGCGGCGGCGGCCAGGACCCCUCGGCCAAAUCGCCGGAGCCGUCGGCGGACGAGUCGCCCGACAACGAGAAGGAAGCGGUGGGCGGCGGGGACGCGGGCAAGAAGAGGAAGAGGAGGGUGCUCUUCUCCAAGGCGCAGACCUACGAGCUGGAGCGGCGGUUCCGGCAGCAGCGGUACCUGUCGGCGCCGGAGCGGGAGCACCUGGCCAGCCUGAUCCGCCUCACCCCCACGCAGGUGAAGAUCUGGUUCCAGAACCACCGCUACAAGAUGAAGCGGGCGCGGGCCGAGAAAGGUAUGGAAGUGACUCCUCUCCCCUCGCCGCGGCGGGUGGCCGUGCCGGUGCUAGUCAGGGACGGCAAGCCCUGCCACACGCUCAAAGCCCAGGACUUGGCAGCCGCGACGUUCCAGGCGGGCAUCCCGUUCUCGGCGUACAGCGCGCAGUCCCUGCAGCAGCACAUGCAGUACAACGCGCAGUACAGCGCGGCCGGCAGCCCCCAGUACCCCACAGCGCACCACUUGGUACAGGCGCAGCAAUGGACUUGGUGAGGGCUGCGGGCCCCGGGCGCACGCCCCGAACACCGAGGGAAACACUGAAUUAACAGGCACAAACCCAGAGAGAGAGAGAGAGAAAAAAGGAGACAGACUGAUGCUCCAAAAAUUAAAAAAUCGAAACUGCGGGGGAAGGAAUGGCGAGGGAAACGCUAUUAUUAUUAUUAUUAUUAUUGCUAUUAUUAUUAUUAUUGCUAUUAUUAUUAUUAUUAUGGGUUCUUUCCCUCGGCCGUUUCUUUUCCCCUCCAUUUUUUCUGGGGGGGUUCGGUUUCAUUUCGG